UUCCGUCAGUCGCCAGCUGGCAACUCUGGAGUUCCCAUGAGUGAAUCCAUUCCUUCCCUGCUGUGACGCACACUUUAUACAGAUUUAAAGGAGCGUUGAGGUAAACUGCAGCAGUAUUGCUCUCACCGCUGCAGUGAGUGGGGAUUUGACAACUCCAGUACAUUAACGGGACAGCCGUCACAGUGAUCUUAGUUCACAGUCACUUCUCUCCCACCCCGUGACUCCACAACAUGCUGGGUUAAUAGAAUACUAUUACCACACCAGCAGCAACAUCAGCAGCAGCAUUCCCAGCUGUAGACAGUGACAUUCGUGGUUGCCUGUGUGUUUUUUACGUUCAUCUGUGACGCCAUCAGCAUGCGUGCCCUGGUACUACUGGCGGUGGCCACAGCCUGUCUGGCGAUGCCGGAACUCCUGAGCUUCCCGGCGAGCCUCCCCGCUUCGAGGGGAUCACACCAGACUACGCUCGGGGACAAGAUUCAAGAGCUUGGCCUAGAUGUCUCGCUGGAGCUGCAGAAACCAGGCAAUGUGGUUAUAUCGCCCCUCAGUAUUAGCGCCCUCCUCUCUGUCCUCAUGAUAGGAUCCGCGGGCCACACUCACAGGGAGCUUCGGCGUGGUCUCCGCUUCGAAGACACUCACUCCGAGAGUGAUGUCCAUCUGGGAUUUCAAAGGUUGAUGGAAGAUCUCUCCAGUGACGGACCUGAUGUUACCCUCAACGUAGCCAACGGCCUCUUUCUGCAGAGAGGCGCGGGCAUCAUAUACGACUUCACCCAAAAGGCUCGCACCCACUACAACAGUGUAGUCACCACGCUCGACUUCCACAACUCUUCUGUGGCGUCCACGGAAACCAUCAACAAUUGGGUGAAUGAAUCCACAAGUGGUAUGAUCCCCAAUCUCUUCACGCAGCCACUCGAUCCUCUCACCACCUUUGUUGCCGUGAACACCGUCUUCUUCAACGGCAAGUGGCUCACGCCCUUCGACCCCAUGAUGACCAAGGACAGGGAGUUCGAUACUGGCGCAGGAAAAGUUCAGGUACCCAUGAUGAGCGGGACAUUUACUCUGAACUACAUCAACAUCCCUGAGCUGGAGGCCCACAUGGCCGCCUUCCCCUACAAAGGUGGCCGGCAGGCCAUGUACAUCAUUCUGCCCAAAGGUCAGGCUACAGCCAAUCUGGAGGCACUGGAGCAGGAGCUGACCGCCGAGAAAAUCAACUCCCUCAUUGCCAAAAUGACUCCUCUGGAGAUGAGGGUGUGGCUGCCUCGAAUGCGCCUUUCCUUCAAAUCAAGCCUGCGAGACACGCUCAAGAAACUGCACAUGGGGUCCAUGUUCAAUCCCGCCGCAGCGAACUUCUCCCGCCUGACGACGCUGCCUGUGUGGGUGGACGAUGUAGUGCACGAGACCGUCAUCGAAGUCUCUGAGGAAGGCACAAAGGCCGCCGCCGCUUCUGGCUCAGAAUUCAACCGUAUGGGUACCUCUAGGACCUUUAUUGUCAAUCAACCAGGAAUCUUUUCCAUCCAGGACGUGGUGUCCGGCGUGCCGCUUUUCUGGGGCAGACUAGUGCAGCCUGAGCCCCUGAGGACCUAAUGUCCCCAUUACCGCCAGGAACAACAUGUUUCCUCGUACUGUCGUUUCCAGUACUAUGCGUGAAGACCCCACACCGACGCUUCCUGUGUGGGGGCCAUGCACGACGUGAAUGUGUGGCCUGGAGGUGACGGUGCGUCCUUGUCUGUCUGUCAUUCUGUAUCCAUGUUUGUGUUGCUUUGUCUGUUUGUAUGUCAGUACUUCUGUCACUGUCUUUCUGUAUGUACGCUUUGUGUAUGAAUAUCAAUCUUGUCACAUGUACUAUUUUUAUAUUAGCCAGUCUGUAUGCCAGUAUGUUCGCCUCUCAGAGUUUUAUAGUUUAUUAAUGAACCUAAAUAUUUAUUAAAACAUUUACCUGAGAUCCCUAAAACUUUACCAUCCGCAGAAUUUAUUCAUUGGAAGCAACAAUGUCCAGACCUUUGUUUAUAGUAACCAUAAAGCAUGAAACCAUCA